AUGUCUGACAAAGAACCUCUAAUCACUCACAUCUACACGGCCGAUCCAUCGGCCAAUGUAUUCAAUAACACUCUAUACAUCUAUCCCUCACAUGAUAUCCCCACCGAUAUCCAAGACAACGACAAUGGGGACCAAUAUGCAAUGAAUGACUACCACGUCUUCUCCAUGUCCUCGAUCACGGGUCCCGUAACCGACCAUGGCGUCGUCCUCUCCGCUUCGUCCGUCCCCUGGGCUUCCAAACAACUUUGGGCCCCAGACGCCUGUAGCAAAAACGGAAAAUACUACUUCUACUUUCCUGCUAGAGACAAGGAAGGUGUCUUUCGUAUUGGUGUCGCAGUCAGUGAUAAGCCCGAAGGACCUUUCACUGCCGACCCACAGCCUAUUCCAGGAAGUUAUAGCAUAGAUCCGUGUAGUUUCGUCGACGACGACGGAGAAGCCUACCUUUAUUUUGGCGGAAUAUGGGGAGGCCAACUCCAAUGCUGGGGUACCCAACACGAAGUUUUCGAGAAGGAUAAAUACGCUACCAUGGAACCUACCACUGGUUCUGCACUUGGUCCUCGAGUUGCAAAACUGAGCGAGGAUAUGCAUUCUUUCUCGUCUUCCGUCCAGGAAAUUUCUAUCUUAGAUGAGAAAACGGGCGAGAAAUUGAAGGCGGAGGAUCAUGAUAGGAGAUUUUUUGAGGCACCUUGGAUGCAUAAGUAUGGAGGAAAAUACUACUUUUCCUAUUCAACGGGCGAUACGCAUUUCUUGUGUUAUGCGGUAGGAGAUAAGCCCGAGGGACCGUUUGUGUAUAAAGGGAGAUUGUUAGAGCCUGUGAUAGGUUGGACUACACAUCAUAGUAUUGUGGAGUUUCAAGGACGCUGGUGGUUGUUUUAUCAUGAUAGUAGUUUGAGUGGGGGGAAGAACCAUUUGAGAUGUGUUAAGGUUAGAGAGAUCUUCUAUGAUGAGGAUGGGGCGAUGAGGGUCGAGUAA